CAACAGACCGAGGCCUAGUGAUGCUGGGGCUACAGAAUUCGUGCAUCGUGCUGAACGCCAAGGCAGUCAACAGUGGUGGAACCGUUGGCGGUGGAAAAGUGCAUUUUAAAAUGCUAAAUCCAUGUGCGGCGGCGACCGGCAUUGGGCAGGUGCGUGGCCAUCAGCGCAUACCAUCCGACACGAAAGAGUUCCACGAGGCGACGAAGCGCGAUGCCCUGAUGCGGCUCAAGAAGGACCUCGACCACCUGCUGGAAACGGUCGAGGAAACGCGUAAAACGGGCGUACAGAAGGAGAUGUGUGGGUUCGAGGCACUGUACCAUCGGUUCCUGCAAGAGGACGGUCCUUCGGUCGAUUGGGAUCGCAUCGAGAAACUCCCGGAAGGUGCUGUGAAGGACUAUUCCACGCUGAAGCAGCCACAGGAAGCGCACAUCCGCGAUAUGCUCGACAAGCUGGUGGUGGUGAAGCUGAACGGUGGUCUCGGCACGUCGAUGGGUUGCCACGGGCCGAAAAGUGUGAUCCCGGUGCGGAAUGACUUAACGUUCCUUGAUCUUACGGUGCAGCAGAUCGAGCAUUUGAACAAAAAGUACAACGCCAACGUGCCACUGGUACUGAUGAACUCGUUCAACACGGAUGUGGAUACGGAGAAGGUGAUCCGAAAGUACAAAGGCUUCCAGGUGCAGAUCUACACAUUUAACCAAAGCUGCUAUCCUCGCAUCAGCCGCGACUCGCUGCUGCCGAUUGCGAAGGAUUUUGACAUCGAAAAUGACAUCGAUGCAUGGUACCCACCGGGUCACGGUGAUUUCUACCAAUCGUUCCAGAACUCGGGCUUGCUGCGAAAGUUCAUCGAGGAGGGUCGAGAGUAUUGCUUCCUGUCCAACAUCGACAAUUUGGGCGCUACGGUCGACAUACAGAUAUUGAACCGCUUGAUUGGCGAUGAUCGGCAGGGCGAUAAACCGAUCGAGUUCGUGAUGGAAGUGACAGAUAAGACGCGUGCUGACGUGAAAGGUGGUACGCUAAUCAACUACGAGCACAAACUGCGGCUGUUGGAAAUUGCCCAGGUGCCCAAGGAACACGUUGACGACUUCAAGUCGGUGAAGACGUUCAAGUUUUUCAACACGAACAACAUCUGGGCCCGGCUGGAAUCGAUCGAGCGUGUGCUGAACGCCAAAACGAUGAACAUGGAAAUUAUCGUCAACAACAAAACGCUCGACAAUGGCAUGCGUGUGAUCCAGCUCGAGACGGCCGUCGGUGCGGCGAUGAAGUGCUUCGACGGUGGUAUCGGUAUCAAUGUGCCGCGAUCGCGGUUCUUGCCGGUGAAGAAAACCUCCGACCUGCUACUUGUCAUGUCCAACCUGUACAGCUUGAAGUACGGUUCGCUGGUAAUGUCCCCACAGCGCAUGUUCCCGACCACGCCGCUGGUCAAGCUGGGUGACAAUCAUUUCAGCAAGGUAAAGGAAUUCCUUAGCCGCUUUGCCAAUAUACCCGACUUGAUCGAGCUGGAUCAUUUGACCGUUUCCGGUGAUGUUACGUUCGGCCGGGGGGUUUCGUUGCGUGGCACGGUCAUCAUCAUUGCUAACCAUGGCGAUCGUAUUGAUAUUCCGGCUGGUGCAAUCCUGGAGAACAAGAUCGUCUCCGGCAAUAUGCGCAUCCUGGAUCAUUAGAGCGUG